AUGGAUGACCAAAUUGCCAAGACUCCUUCGGAUUUAUUGAAACUUUGCUCUAGUCGUGAGGCGAUGAAGGACACGGAGGGUGCGAAUUACCAAGCGGAAUCUAAGGAGAUUGCAGAUGCUGAGGCCCCAGUAACCAGCGAGACUAUCGCUCAGGGGAAUGGCAUGUCGCGGUUCUCACGACCGCCAAAGCACACAGCGCCACACGAAGACGUCCUUUUUGAGGUUAGAAGAUCGAAGCGACUGCAACGUCGCAAGAAUGAAGACUUGCAGUUAAUAUAUCUAUUUAUCAGGCAGAAUUUGAAACUCUCCUAA